AUGGGUUCAUUCCUUUUCAAAUGGCCGCAUUCUGCCAGCGAGGUCUACGUAACCGGCACAUUUGAUGACUGGGCCAAGUCUGAGAAGCUCGAGAAGGUCGGCGACGUCUUCCAGAAAGAGGUAGUUUUGAAAGAUGCCGACACGAAGAUCCUCUACAAGUUUGUUGUCGAUGGCAACUGGACCACCGACCACGAAGGUCCCAAGGAAGAUGAUGGAAGCGGCAACGUGAACAAUGUCCUCCAUCCAGAGCAGAUCACAAAAGCUUCUGCUUUCCGAUCUGGCGUCGGUCCCGAAAGCACCACCGCUGGCCUAGCAGGUGCGCAGCCAUUUGCUAGUGCGCCGGGCGCAUUCCCUGAGACGCCAGCGAAUGAAGCUGAGCCGAGCUUCGGUGUUGCGCCUAUACCUGCUUCGUCAGGCGCUGGCAACCCGGUCAACGUCCCUGCUGGCGAUAAGGUCCCCGAGAGCGUGACAGCUGACGCUAUCGGCUCGAACGCCACAACCUCGAAAGAGGCGUACGAUAACGCAGGCAGCUCUGAGUUCCCUGGCACAAGCGGCGAGGAAAAGACUUUCGGCGUCAAUCCCAUCCCGGCUUCAGAAGGCAUCGGCAAUCCAGUUUCUACAAAGCCGGGCGAGGGUUUGCCAGAGCAGGUCAGAUCUGCUCACACUGUUGAUUCUACCGUCACUACAUCGAAAGAGGACUACGAGAAGGCUGGCACAAACUAUGGUCUGCCUGCCGCGGGUGCAGCAGUCGCUGGCACCUUGGCUGGUGCAGCUGCGGCCAUCGGUAUCGGCAAGAAGGAGGACAAUGAGAAGCAAAUCAAGAACCUCAUCCCUGAAUCAUCCCUGCCCAUGGGCGCAGAUGCCGGAACUGGCGCAGAUGCAGGUCCUCAUAUCUCAUCUGUUGGUCCCGGCUCGACCACUGCUGCGCUCGCUGCCAACGUACCUCUUGAGUCGUCUAAGGUCGCCGAUGGCGUGCCUGAGCAGGUCAAAGAAUCGCUGGCUGAAGCACACCAGUCUGCUGAGGCGGCUGCGUCUCCAGAGGCUGUCAAGGAGAAGUCUGCGCUCGAGAAGGAGCUCUUGUCCAAGACGUCUCCCGUGGAAAGCACAAGCGAAGACGCAAAGGUUGCAAUCGCGGGUCAGUCAAGCUAUCAUGGCCUGGCUACUAGCGUGCCGAAGCCCGUAGAGGAGUCUAUCGCCAAGUCUGGUGCAUCACCAGAAGCUGCGGCUGACCCGUCCGUCGUCGCGGAGAAGACUGCUCUAGAGCGCGAGCUGGCCCAGAAGGUGCCGACGUCCGAGGCGACUGGUGAGCCCGCGCCUGUAGUCAGUGCUGAGACUUCAGCUGUGGCUCCUGCUGCAACCGGCGCUGCUGUCACUGGUGCUGCGGCUGCUGGAGCCGCAGGCAUUGCCUCGAGCGAAAAGACUGCGCCAGGUGCUUCCUCGCAUGCUGCGGCUGCAGUGUCCGACGGCGCUGGUGACGGCGAGGAGCUCGCUGCGCCCAAGACGACCACCACUACCACAGAUAAGAGCGAAGGCGACGCGACAGAAUAUGCUCCUCCACCGACCGGUAGCGCUGCUCCAGGCGUGUCAAGCGGCGCAGCCGCCGCAGUCUCGGAUGGCGCUGACCCUGGUCUUGCCGAUGAGCCUGCGGUCAAGAUGAUGAAUCAGAACGAGACUGGCGACCUCAGUGCUACGGAUGGUGCCAAAGACGAGAAGCCGGUCGAGUCUACCAAGGAAACCACGAAACCUCUGACGGCCGCGACUGGCGCGACUGCUGCUAUUGCUAACCCGACAACGGAGGCAAAGGCAACUGCACCCACGAGCACGACCAGCACACCUACUAAGAAACCAGCUGCCACACCAGAAAGCAGUCCCGCUACCAAGGAAAAGAAAAAGAAGAACCGGAUCAGCUCAUUCUUCAAGAAGAUCAUGAACUAG